AUGCCUCCCUCUGCCACAGCACCUUCUCCAUCGUCGGCACUCAACGAAGACAUGUUCCUCAAAGCCCCGGGUACACAGCUCUUUCUCAAUCCACCCCACAUACUCAUCAUCGGCGCCGGCUCCCGCGGCUCCGCAUACGCGAAAGCUGCGCUUUCAUCGACCAACAGCAUCGUGGCUGCUAUCGCAGAGCCCAUCGCUUACAAGCGCGCUGAGUUCGGGCGUAAGUACGUAUGGGGGAAAGAGCAGCCGGAGCUAGGGCAGGAGUUUGAGGGGUGGCAAGAGUGGGUGGAGUAUGAGAAGAGGAGGAGGGAGAGGGAAAGGAUCGGGGAAAAGGUAGAAUCGGCGAUCGAUGCGGUGUUUGUGUGUGUGCUGGAUGAGAUGCAUGAGGAGGUUGUCUGUGGCAUUGCAGGGCUGGGCGUGCACAUCUGCUGUGAGAAGCCAUUGGCUACGAGGCUACAGAGCUGUGUCAAUAUCUUCAAGGCGUUGCAGAGUGCGAAGCAAGAUACAGAUAGGACUGUGAAUGGGGAGAAGAAAGAGACGAUUUUCGGAAUAUGCCAUGUCCUGCGGUACAGUCCGCAUAACAUGAUGUUAAGGAACCUGGUGUUGGAUAAAGAGGUGAUUGGGGACGUGCUUAGUAUUGAGCAUGUAGAGCCCGUGGGGUGGUGGCACUUCUCGCACAGUUACGUGAGAGGCAACUGGAGAAAAGAGUCCAAGACAGCGCCUUCGCUCUUAACAAAGUCAUGUCACGACAUCGACUUCAUCCUUUGGAUGCUUUGCUCCCCACCACCGAACGCUGGUUCUGAACCGCAUCUGCCUUCACACUUGAGUUCCACCGGCUCCAAGAAGUUCUUCAGAAAAGAGCGGAAACCCGAAGCUGCUGGCAAUGCAACGAAUUGUCUAUCAUGUCCUCAUGAAAAAGACUGCCUCUACAGCGCCCCCAAGAUCUACCAUGAGAGGCAUUUACAGCAAGGUAACACAGGAUGGCCUGUCAAUAUUGUGAACCCUGAGAUUGAAGAAGUUUACAACAGCGCUGGGGCAGCUACAGCUACGAAGCAACUGUUCAGAGACCUCAGCGAGGACUAUACGGUGGACACUCCGGUCACUGAAGUGGAGUCAAGACCAUGGUUCGGUCGAUGUGUGUGGGAAGCGGACAAUGAUGUUUGUGAUGAUCAGAGCGUGACUAUCACUUGGGAAGACGAUCCGCUCCUCUCAGAGAAUGACGUUGGACCGACCUUGAAAGGAAGAGGAGCGAAGACGGCACACUUGCACAUGGUUGCCUUUACGGAAAAGAUAUGCGAAAGGCGAGGCAGGAUCUACGGCACCAAAGGCGAGAUAGAGUAUGACAGUACGACUAUCUCUGUCCACGAGUUCGCAACGGGCGAGACGAAGGUGUACAAACCGCACCUCGCAGCUGGUGGCCAUGGAGGAGGUGACGAAGGCCUCGCCCGGCAGUUCCUCAUGGGUGUGGAGGCAGUCGACUCCAAGCGCAUGUCGGCGGCAGACGCCCAGCGCGAAUUCCUCGGGUGCGAUUUGGAGGAGGCUUUUAGAAGUCACGCCAUGGUGUUCGCAGCUGAAGACGCCCGGACAAAGCGUCAAGUGGUCGACUGGAAAAAGUGGUGGGCAGACCAGGUGGAAGCGCAAUUACACGGAUGGUGGUAG